AUGCCCAAAAGGGCUAGCGCUUCCCCGCCGCCGUUUCAGCCCAGCUGCCCCAUCCCAAAUCAGUCUCUCCUCGGUCUCUCUCCUCCCUGCGCCGCCACCCCCGCCGCCACGGCGCCUGCCGGUGAACCCCUCCGUUGGCGACCAUCGCGCUCGCCACCGCCCUCCCCACCGCUCGGCUCCUCCUGCGCGGGCGCAUGGCCUCCUCCGCCUCCGUUGCGGCCCUCACCGCACUCCCCUUUCCCACUUGCCCCUCCUCCGACGACUCUGACGACGCCAAGCCCCUCCCGCCUCCACCCGCGUCGGGAGAAACCCGCCCUCCUCCGCAGCAUCAGCAGAGGCCGCGGUGGUGGCAGCUGGAGCGCGACUGCAACGUGGCCAUGAAGGCCCUGGCGCGUGCGGGCGAAGUCGACCAGGUGCUCGCCCUCUUCAGAGAGCUCAGGGCUUCCAGAACCGGGCCGGGAGGUGCCUCGCCGCCCAAUGUGCUUUGCUACAACACUCUCGUCAAUGCGCUCGCAGAAGCUGGCCGGGUGGAGGAGGCCCACAACGCGUUCGAUGAAAUGCUUGCAGCAGGGGUGGCGCCCAAUGCAUCGUCGCUCAACAUCCUUGUCAAGCUGCAUUCGUGGAGAUCUGCGCGGUUUGACCUCGCGUACAAGGUGAUCAUCCAGUUGCAAGAGCUCGGGGUGGAAGCUGAGGUGGGCACCUACUCCACGCUUGUCACGGGGCUGUGCCGUGUGGGGAGAGUGGGCGAGGCAUGGGGCGUGCUCGAGUGGAUGUUGGAAGUGGGGUGCCGUCCCAUGGUGCAAACUUACACGCCCAUUGUACAGGGGUAUUGUCGUGAAGGUCGUGUCGACGAGGCCAAGGAGCUGAUGUCCACGAUGGAAAAUGCUGGUUGUCCUCCCAAUGUAGUCACCUACAAUAUUCUGAUCAGGGCUUUGUGUGAUGCUGCCAGAUUUGACGAAGUCAGGCAAGUUUUAACGGAUAGUAGAACCAAGGAUUGGAAACCCAGUACUGUCACCUACAACACAUUUAUGAAUGGUCUCUGCAAGAAAGGUAUGGCUAAAGAAGCACUUGAGCAGUUGGAUGUUAUGCUAGGCGAAGGGCUGGAUCCCACAGAUUUCACUUUGAGUAUUCUUCUGAAUUGCCUUUGCCAUGACAAGAGGAUUCAUGAUGCCGUAUGCUUGCUGGAGAGGAGCACAUCAUUGAAAUGCUAUGCUGGUGUUGUUGCAUACAACACUGUGAUGAGCAGGUUAGGUGAAAUGGGACAUUGGAUGAGUGCUCUAAAGUUGUUGACAGACAUGAUCAAGAGAGGUGUCAUGCCAAACACGAGGACAUUCAACAUUGUCAUUCGUAGUCUUUGCUUUCGCCGAAAGUUCUCCAUAGCCAAGAGCCUCGCAAGUAACCAAGGUUUUGCUGCAAAUGUCGUGACAUACAAUACACUCAUUUAUUUUGUUUUUUACUACAGUCGAAAGCUCAGUGAGGUGAAGGACCUAAUAUUUGACAUGACAGCAGAGAGGAUUGCUCCAGAUGAAGUUACCUACACUAUAAUCGUUGAUGGAUUAUGCAGAGAUGGAUUUUUUGAUACAGCCACUAGUUACUUUCUAGAAUCGCUUGAGAUUGGACUGUCAAGGGAUCUUUUUGCUGUCCUUACAAACAGGCUUGCUCACAAUGGCAAAAUCUGGGAGACAAUUCACAUAUUCAAGGGAAUGGAAGAAAAAGGUUUUAUCCCCGAUAGUUCUAUAUUUGACCUCACAAUCAGAAUAUUCUGUAGGGCUGGUUAUUGUCACGACACAGAUAUGUUUAAGGUUAACUUUAUUCUGGAUACGAUGUUGGGAAAGCAGUGAACUGAACCCUUGUGUAUCUAGGAAAGCCGGCAAUAAUUGAAGACAUGAAUGAAGAGUCGACAUUACUAAAGAUACUGACACAUGUAGUGUCUGGCUUUUAUAACACUCUGUACAUGGUACAAAGAUGGCCACAUGCCUGUUCAUGUUAACAUAUUCCACACUGCCACUUGACAGAUGAAGUCUAACUGGAUUCUUGUUAUCUGGUUCAGAUAAAAUUUGAUUACCGAGGUGCUGGGGUUGCUAUGUGUAUUCUUCUCUAUCUACAAUAGGUAGAGUGCAUAUAGCACGAGGCGUUGGGGUUACUCUCCAUGGAGCUCUUUAUAGAAGACAGAGAAAAGUGGCAGGAUAUAGCAGCAAAUGCCCCUACUCCGUUUCACCCUUCCAGGACGCUCUAGCACACAUUUUACUCCUCUGAGCUAGGGUUCGGUUAGGCAGUGGGCCUUGACCAGUAAAGCUGUGGCCAACCUUGACCUAUCCAGUUCACAAACAACAAGGAUUCAUGUUCAUGGGGGCGCUUACUCGGAGGGUUGUGCGUACUUCUAUCAAUGCAUCAAGUCGCAAAGCUUCUGCGUUUUCUCUGUGAAGGACCACAACAUUGUCUUGCGUGGUCAAUCUUCCAGACAUGCAAGUAUUGCGGCGCGGUUCUGUUUUAAAUGAUUGCCAUGGCAGGCUUGCAUGAAUUUGCGUGGGAAUGAAUAUAUUAUGGCACGAGCAGUGUUGUUAGUUGUGAGGUUUUCCCCGAGGUGAUGUAGUCAGAUUUGUGCCCCAUCUCCCAUGUGGCUCCAUCCACGUGAUGUUUACUGGUAGCUAAAUCCUGAACCAACUUGUGGUGCCAAUUUGAUAUUAUACUGAAUCAAGCAGCGUGGAUCCUUCUGUUUGUUUCAGUCAGGAUGUGAUUGCUAUUGUUAUGGUACUGAAUUCAGCCUCA